AUGGCUUUGGCCUCGCAUCCUUUGACAGAGAAGAAAAAGCUGGAUCACUUACCAGUAACUGGAGUUCUCCUAUUGGGUAAUCUCCACAGAUCCACAUUCUUUGAAGUUAUUGUGAAUGCCUCGAGGACCAAGGAACCGUUGAAAUUUCCAAUUUCAGGAAGGAAACCUCGACCUGUCUCCCAGUUGGUUGCACAGCAGGUUACUCAGCAGUUUGUGCCCCCUACACAGUCAAAGAAAGAGAAAAAAGAUAAAGUAGAAAAAGAAAAGAGUGAAAAGGAAACAACUAGCAAAAAGAACAGUCAUAAGAAAACCAGGCCAAGAUUGAAAAAUGUGGAUCGGAGUAGUGCUCAGCAUUUGGAAGUUACCGUUGGAGAUCUGACAGUCAUUAUUACAGACUUUAAGGAGAAAACGAAGUCACCGCCUGCAUCUAGUGCUGCUUCUGCAGAUCAGCACAAUCAGAGUGGCUCUAGUCCUGAUAACACAGAGAGGGGAAUGUCCAGGUCAUCUUCACCUAGAGGAGAAGCCUCAUCAUUGAAUGGAGAAUCCCAUUAAAGUUUAUUUUCUCCAAUUUCUUAGUUCAGUCAUAUCAUGCAGAUAUACAGAUUAUGCCAAGAAGUACCACAUUUUCAUGACAAACAUAUUCAUGCACAAUUCAUAAUUUGCAUUUUACAUAAAAGAGAAAUUUGUUAGAAUUUGUUAGAUUUGAUUGCAAUCUAUGCCUACCAAACAUUUCCAGACUUUAACAUUUUGGUCUCCACAAUUAAAGGUGCCAUGAAAAUGUGGUUGAAUUAUUCAUUAUGCAGUGUUAUUGGUAAGUCUAUUUUCACUUUUAGUUUAGUGAAUUCUAACACAUAAUUCUUGAAUUCUCUACUAUUGGCAUGUAACGAAGUUAAAUUUUUAUAACAUAGUGCAACCUGCCUAAAUAUGUAUUAUUUGAGAAUUGUGAAACAAAUAGUUAUAUGUAUACAAGUCAAAGAUCAACUUAAUCAACUAUUGCUGCAACAGGAUUUUCUUAAUGGCUAUCCUCUUAAUACACCUGCUGGUACUUGGUGUGGUUAAAUAGAAAAACUGUUAUUAAAUAAAGAAUUUGUAUGAACCGUUGCCAAUAUUUUUUACACAUUUUGCUAAAUUAUUUUUUCCUGAAUUAUGUUUCUGGUUUUACCUCCUUUUUUUUUGAUUUUUUUUUUUUUUUUUGCUUUCAAAACAUUCAUUUGUUGUAAUGUUUACUCUCAGACUAGUAAACAAUAAAACAUUGAUUAUUUAGCUUUAUAAUUCAAGUUUAGUGCUAUUGUCAUUGAACACUGGUAUUUUCUGUAUUAUAUAAAAUAUUAAAAUUCAAAUAAUUAUAAGCAUUUGACAAAAGCAGAAGAGAAAAGAAACCUGCCAUAUUUUAAAAGCUGCAAUUUUGGAAAAGCUUUAACUUAAUAGUUCUAUCACUGUUUCCUCGCCCCAAACUUUAUCCAGGGUUAUAGAAGUAUGAAUCUAAUAAAUACAGAAAUGACAACUGUUGCACAGAACUGGGAAAAAAACUAGUUUUAAAUCAGUUUAAUUGGCCUCUUACUAAAUGUAACAGUUCUUAUGAAAAUCAUAGUGCCCUAUUUUCAGACACAACUGCAUUUAUCAAUAUCCCAAAAUAAAUAUUUACAGCUCCACUUACUAUUAUGUAAAGUUAUGAAUAAAAUAUUUUUAUGACUACAGAUUUUGCAUUUUUGUUUACAACUAAUAAAGUGUUUUAUGUUAUAUUUAAAAAUCAAACCUAGAAACCACACAGUACUUCUAAAUUCUCCUAAGGUCUCCUGCUUUUUCUUAGCCAUUUACUUAAUAUAUAGCCACCUGUAGGAGACUUCUGCAAUAUCAAUGAACUUAACAACAUAACUUGGAUACAAAAUAUCACAUAAAGACAUCAUGAUAGCAUUUUAAGAAAAAAAUAAAACUGUAGACCCUGACAGUUGUGAUAUAUGGUGGUUUCAUGUGAUAAUGUAAUUUUCUGUUUUAUUGCAGUACUUUUUACAGGCACAAUGGUACUGUCCUUUUUGUAAGAUGCUAGUUGUGAAAUAUAGUUAAUUGCAUACAGUAAAAGUCUGUGAUUAAAACAUUUAUAUACCUCA